AUGGAUUGCUCAAAACUCCCGGCCCCUUGUGUAGCCAUCCUUGAUCCUUUCGCAAACUACGCCGUCGCCGGAAUCCGUUCAUUCACCACUCCGGAACAACUCCCAAUCGUAGCAUGGGUGUCUGGUUCCGCUGGGUGUACUCUGAUGUUAUGGGGUCCUGAAAGGUACGGAGGGAGGGGAAACUACCCUUCGCGCAUGCAAGAACAAAUAAAGAAUGGAAAGGCUCAAAUAGAAGCCUUCGGGUCCGAGCUUGUUUUUGGACCAACUGAUAGCGUAUUACGGAUUCCUGGAUACCCGCUGAUGUACGAUUACGAACGGCAACCUCAGACGCCUCCUGAAUGGAUUCGGGGUGCUGAUUCUUUGUUCAUGGAGGUCGUGUAUAAAUCUAUCAUGGCUUCAGAGGGAGUUAUCACUAUCUCAUCUCCUGUCAUCGAGAAGGAGAGUAUAAAGGCGUGCGAUGAAUACUUUGGGAGCCUUGGAAAGUCUUAUUUUUCCAUCGGGCCGAUGGCAGUCAUACCUAAUGACCCGAAGGAAGAUGAUGCCACCACAGACAAGGUUUUUUCAUUUUUGGAAAAGAUGAACGCUGAAUUUGGAGAGAAGUCGGUGAUAUACAUUGCAUUUGGAACUUUACUCUGGCCGACGAAUACAUCAGUUUUCAACGCGAUAAUCGACGGAAUGAUGGAUAACCAAACGCCGUUUAUCGUUGCGCACCCUUCUCCCGUCGCUCAACCGUCUGAAGUAUUCUUAAACAAGAUCAGAGCGUACCCUUAUGGACUUGAACUCGCUUGGGCGCCUCAAGAGCGAAUUUUGUCACACUCAGCUACAGGAUGGUUCCUUACGCACGGUGGGUGGAACAGUAUGCAAGAAGCUUUUACCUACAAGGUUCCGAUGCUUUUGUGGCCAACUAGCGCCGACCAACCAUUAAACGCUUCCCUCUUGUCGAUAAAAUUCCGGGCCGCAUUUGAACUAAUCGAAGUACGUACCGGGGAACACGGACAGAAAAUGCCCUAUCGGUAUCGUGAUGGGCGUGAUGGGCCUACACCCAAAUUCACGGCGGAGUCCGCGAAGGAGGAGUUUGAGCACCUUUUGAAGGAUCUCAAAGGGAUGAAGGGAUCAGUCGUGAGGAAGAACUUUGAAGACCUCGCUAUGGAGAUUGGUAGAGUGUGGGACGAGGAUGGUGAUGCUCGGAAGGCGCUUGAAGCUUUCUUGAACAAAUAUUUAGGUUAA